AGGAUUACCGGAAAAAUACAGGCUUGAAGUUUCCAAUAUAUCAAAACAUCACAGAAUUUCUUCUCUCCAUUCCCUACGUGACUGCGUUUUGCAACGAAACUGGGAAGCUCAUAUUUAAUGUCCGACCGUCGGCGAGGACAAAGCAUAUCUACGACCUAGUACAACAUCAAAAACCCUCGCAGCAGCAACUACCACAAAACCACAAACACCAACAAAUCGGUAGGGAGCAAAAUCAAUUCGACCUGUGCCCAAACAUCAUCUCAAAAGGACGAAACGAGUUCGACGAUCUCUGGUACUGCAAGAAAAAGCAAUUCAACUAUCAAGAUAAUUACGAACACAUUGAUAACAAUAACAUUGCGAACAACGAAAAGUUAACACCGGUAAAUGUGAUAAAAGGAAAAUCCACAAAUGUGCUGGGUGAAAUCAGUGGGCAUAAAAAGGGCGAUAGUGAUACAGAGGAAUCCAGAAGCACUAACUACUACCAAGAUAAUUGCAAUCAUCUGUUCAACCGACUCUAUAGCCAACCAAAACUGGUGCGACAAAAUUCUGCGUUCAACUACAAAAACAAUUACCAGGCCAACAAUCGGCUCAGCAGGUUUCAUUCCAUUCAAAUGAAAACCAUUGCCCAAACAACGCAAUUUAGAACAGAACCACCGAACAACGUAAACGUUAACAAUCAGGAAAAGCAACUUAAUAUUUUUAAACAACCAAUGGUGCCCCCCAUUUGUACAAAUGCCAGCAGACCUUCCUCACCAGCGUACACCAAAAGCAGUAGAUAUAACGAUUCCGUGUAUACAUCCGAUUCGGACUAUGAAGCUCAUCUGUUGGACUUCCCCUUGUUGGGAGAUGACUUUUUCCUGUUUUUAGCGCGUAUGGAGUUGAGGUGUAAAUUCAAAAAAUCGAGUAUGGAAUAUGAUGGUGAAGUGUCUAAUAGCACACAGGGCUCCUGUAACCUGUUUGCUAAACUAUUUCAAAAGGUGUACACGAAGUUUGCUUCUUCACAAAGCUCCGCAUUUCAUUACGCAUCUAUGCCACCAAUUUCAUGCUUCGCUAUUACCGGCGAUGAUGUCCUUAUGUCGAUCUCAAAGUUGACAAACAGUACAAAAACUGAUAUAGAGGGGCUUUGUCCGAUGUUUUUCAAAAUAUGCUCGAAUGCUGUGUCAGAACCGUUGUCAAUUCUCUUUCAAGAAUGUGUGAACUGUGGAACUUUCUUAGAUCCAUGGAAACUGUGCUCAAUCAACCCCAUAUAUAAAUCUGGUGACCGCAUUGAUGUUAACAACUAUAGACCAAUAGUUAAACAGGGAACUGUAGCAAAGCUUUUCGAUGACAUUAUUCAACGAAAACUGUUCGAUCACUUAGGUAAGGCUAUUGUUGAGUGCCAGCAUGGUUUUUUUCCUGGGAGGUCCACGUCUACUAACUUAGCUUUGGUGACCAAUAAUAUUGUCCAUGCCUUUGAGACACAUGCGCAGCUAGACGUCAUUUACACAGACUUCUCGAAAGCAUUUGACAAAGUCGAUCACUCAAUUCUUUUGCCCAACGGAUUUUCUGUGGCUCGUCUUGCAUAUCUCGAUCGUCGACUAGUUGAUAGCUCAUUAGGAUUAAUAUGUUCGUUCGAAGUGGAUACCAUGACUGUGGCGUGCUUCGUAGAAAGCAUUCUGACAUCACCGCUUAGAUCUUCGCAAACGUUUUUCGCCAAACCGACUUCCUUCAAUCCAGUUGAUGACUUGCCAGAAUAUAGUUUUACUGACCAGGUAAAUCCUUCGGCAGAGCUGAGUUUAAAAAGCUUUAUACCUUAA